UCCUAGUCGGCAGUGAGUGGCUGGGAGUUGUCGAUCUCUUGCUCGCUGUGCUUCAGUCAGUCACCCAGUCAGUCAGCAAGAGUUGCUUUCCCUCCUCCUCCUCCCGUCCUCCUGCUGUGUAUUGCUCUCUCUCUCUCCCUCUCUUUCUGUCUGUCUUGGUCUCUCUCUCUCUCUCUCUCUUGGUCUCUCUCACCCGCAGUCUCCCUUUUUUUUCUGGUGCUCUCUCUAUCUCGCCUGUUGCUUUUUUCCAUCAGUGCUGCAGCUGAUACCUAGCUUUGAUAGAGAGUGCUGGGGAAUGGACCUCUGAAAGGCGUGUACAUAUCUACAAAGUGAGCGGUGAGCCAAGUGACCGACAGCUGCACCAGAAAUGGGGAAGCAGAACAGCAAGCUCCGUCCAGAGGUGAUGCAGGACCUGCUGGAGAGCACCGACUUCACCGAGCAUGAGAUCCAGGAAUGGUACAAGGGCUUUCUGAGAGAUUGCCCCAGCGGCAACCUCUCCAUGGAGGAGUUCAAGAAGAUCUACGGCAACUUCUUCCCGUAUGGCGACGCCUCCAAGUUCGCCGAGCACGUCUUCCGCACGUUUGAUGCCAACGGAGAUGGGACGAUAGACUUUCGGGAGUUUAUCAUCGCACUGAGCGUGACCUCCCGCGGCAAGCUGGAGCAGAAGUUGAAGUGGGCUUUCAGCAUGUAUGACCUGGACGGGAAUGGGUACAUUAGCAAAGCCGAGAUGCUGGAGAUCGUCCAGGCAAUCUAUAAAAUGGUUUCAUCAGUGAUGAAGAUGCCUGAGGAUGAAUCGACACCUGAGAAGAGGACAGAGAAAAUCUUCAGGCAGAUGGACACCAACAGGGAUGGCAAGCUAUCUCUGGAGGAGUUCAUUAAAGGAGCGAAGAGUGACCCCUCCAUCGUCCGCUUGCUGCAGUGCGACCCCAGCAGUGCUGGACAGUUUUAAACCAGGGGUCUCAACAUGACGUUACUUUCUUCGGGUGACUCCAGAUAUCCCUUUUCCUCCACUACGGAGAAGACUGAUGAUGAAGGAAUAAUAAGAUGAUGAUGAUGGUGGUGAUGAUUACGAUGAAGAGGAAGGACAGGCCUUCAAAUUACACACUGAGGAAAGAAGGCACAUGGGGCCAUAGUUUCCUCCCUUCCCAGACCCAUUUGCCUCUCUAAACCCCGGCAGAGACAGACCCCAAACACUUCCCAACCCCCACCCACCCACCCCACCAACACCACCAACACAAUCAACUACCCACCAGUUGACUACAGUCCCACCGUUUCCCAAUUGGCAUGUCAUGUUAUAAAGAAAGACCUACAGUACGCUGCAUACAUACAAACUGGAGUUUGCAAUAUUGGCUUGACUGCAUUUUCUUGGCUCUCUGUGCCCUGCAAGGCCUUUGGUGGAGAAACCCCAGAUCCUCUGUCACUCUUCAGUGUACCAUAGACAGAGGGAGUACA